AUGAAAUACAUAUUUAAGCUUUCAGCAGAAGAAUCUAGAAGUAAGAGAGAUGUGGGAGGGACACUGAAUAUACAAACCAACCAUGCUCAGCCGAUACAUGCAGACGUGAAGCCUGAGGCAGUAGAUGUUACUGAGAAGGUGACUCCGCCGAAAGACGCCGUCUACGAAUUAAAGUCACUCAGAAAAUCUUUACCUCUGACUGACACCUUGGAACUCAUCAGAAGUAUAAGCCGAGUGACCACGUUGACAGUAUUACUCGUGUCAGCUAUAGUCGAGUUCUUCCCGCUGAUACAACAUCUGUAUUACAUCGGCCAUUUGUUCUUGUCGUCGUAA